AUGCAUCCUAUCGUCCGACGCGGGACUGUUCGAUUGGGUCUGCUAGGGGCGACCACUCGACGCGCUGGGCUGAGUACGACGUCGAGGAUGGCGAAGAAGUCCGCACGCGCGCUGGCGGCCGCCGAGGCCUCGCGCACGCCUCCGACCCAGCCACCCUCAAAAGUGUCGGUCAACGACCUCUCGGCCAGAUCGUGCCUGACUUGCGGGAGGGUGAUCACCCCGCGCGCCAAAUGGGCGUCCGACUGGAGUAGCAUCAAGUACUGUUCGGACCGAUGCCAAUCAUCGCGACCAGGUAAACUCGUAGCCCGAUUCAACCACUCGGAGAAGGACGCCGCACUGGCGAGGUACGACGGAUGUACGGUUAGCGACGACGCGAUGCAUGUUGAUGUGGAGCUGUGGGUCGAGUCGGUGCUGCUGGAUGUGGCAAGGAGAAAAGAGGCUACGCUCGACGACGUUCAGCAACAAAUAUUGGUGCUGCUCAAGGAAGCAGAGGUGCUGCAGGAAAGUAACCACGCAGAAGAAAGAGAGGCCGAUUCAGAUGGGCAGGAUGCAGAGGGGGCGAAAGGGAGGGAAGAUGAGCAGAGACAUCCGCUGUGGAAGGCGCUAGACAGUGCGCCUGGGCUGCGGGAGCGUAUACGACGCGCAGCAAGACGGCUGGCACUCGGCAUCAAUCACGACUCGAAUCCAGCCCAGACAACCAUCACGACGACCGAAAGCGGCCGAAUCGAGCUGCUCCAAGCCGGCAAAGCUCUUCGCACCGUCGAGGAUCUCUCGUUCGCUAAAGGCACACUCACAGUUCGUCGCAAAUCGUAG